AUGCGAAUACCACACAUCCCUACUAGCCUCUCUUCCAACCACCUUACCCAGUCUAUCCUUGUCCCCUCAGUCAGAAAAGCAUCGACCAAUUCGACCAAUACAGAUUGGGUAACAUGGUUGAAGAGGGGUGCGUCGACUGAGAGCGGAGGUCCAUCUGGGAAAUGUCUCCUAUUUGCUGGACUCGGCUCAUACCCCCAUACACCAAUCGCACCUACUCCAUCAUCGUUGAGGGUAUGGGACGAAGCUUCAGAAGCUCUCUUAUCUCCCGAUGCUACGAUAGGGUACGAGACGAGGGGGAUGGGUGAUGCGGGGUUGAAGCAGGUCAAAGGGUGGAUGAGGGGUUGGGUUGAAGGGAGGAGUCUAGAAGAACUGAUGAAACGACCCGACGUAACUGCCGCAUUCAUCCUUUCAUCCUCGAUAGCCAUCCUAGCUUCCGCCCAGGAGAAGAUGGGAAGUCCGACUUUGUUACCUGAAGGUACGACCCAUCUUGCCGGACAUGGAUUCAUAGGUACUCUGACUGCUUUGGUGGCUAGUGGGAGGUUAGAUUUAGGUACUGGAGUGAGAUUAGCUAGGAUAUACGCCUCUCUUCCACCAUCUCCACCUCAGACAUACCCCCGCUCACAUCUCACCACUGUCCUUUCCGCCCGUCAUUUCCACUCCUUAUCCUCUCCAUCAUACUUUGUCCCUCCGCCACCUCCCCCACCAGCAUCAGAGGAAGAUGACCCAUUCCCACCUGUGACAUCUACCGAGUCCGAGGCUGAAUCUUCCUCCACGCCAUUAAAGCGCCGGAGGGCGAUGCAAUUGAUCUUGGAUGAGAUACACAGUUUGCAGAGAGACUGGGAGAGGGAGAACGAGAUUACUGGAAGUGGAGGAACGAUAGGUCCAAGGCAGGAAUGGGCAAGUGCAGGGAUAAUUAAUAGUUCGAAGGUGUUGGUAGUUACGGGAACCCACCACGCAGUUUUACAGGUGAUAGAGAGAUUACAGCAGUUGAACCUUGCCAAUCCAGUGAUGGACGUAGCCAUGCCAUGUCCAUACCAUACAAAAUUGAUGACUCACGCUAUACCCAAGUUCCGCGACGUGUUAGAAAGAUGUUAUUUCGAAAAUUCAAAACCUGAUGGACCGAUCGUCUUGGAUCCUAUGACUACUCAUCCUAUAACAAAUCCCUCUUACGCACUCUUACCUCACCUAACAGGCCAAUUGAGAUGGCACAAAACACUUUACCGCCUAUACUCCCAGCCUAUACCGGCUGUGAGCCAUUUCCAGACUGUUGGUAAAGGUGCGAAAGGAUUGGGUAUAAUGUUAAGAGGAGAAAUCAAAAAGAGACCUCAGGGGUCUACACCGAUAAGUAUAUCAGAGUUGAUAAGUGGGGAUACGAAAGAGGAGAAAGAGAGGAAAGAUAGGAUAGAGGGGGCUAUGAGGAAACUGAAUGAACAGAGGAGGAAGUCGAGUUGA